AUGUAUAUUUGGGUUCCGAGCGACUUUGCGCAUGCUUUCAGUUUGAUUGCAAAGAUUGUGGUGAAUGAAAUUGAUGCUGUUCGACCUGUGACUGAAGGUGUUGAAGGAAGGGAAAGUGUUUCUGGUAAUGACGAGGGAGUGGGCAGGGCACCGAUCUAUGUUAGCUGCACGUUCGACAACGGUGGUAACUUAUACACUGGAGAUUCCGAUGGAAAACUGAUUGUUUGGGGCCCAGAACAAUCAAUCAUCAGACAUAUAGACUCGUGCCAUGAAGGAGCAGUGUUUACAGUUGUAGUAAACGAAGAGAGCUCGCAGGUGCUGACAGGAGGAAGAGAUGGGUUUAUACAUGUGUGGGACAUGUCCUCAAACCCUCUUAGAAAACUCAUGACUUUCAAGGUUCCGGAGAACCACGGCACGUGUAGAAUGGUGGCACUCUCGGACAACCAAUUGUUUGUGGGAUCAACUGCUAACUCUAUUCUGUCUACAAAAGUAGUUGUUCCGAUGGCCACGCAAGACCCGUCCUUUUCCGAGGGUGACAACAGCAGCAGCAAAGAAGAAGUGGAGGCGGCGACUGUCAAGUCUUCGUCUAGUUUGCACGUGGAGUGGACUGUUAUCACACAGGGUCAUUAUGAGCAAAUAAGGGGUCUGGCAUCUCUUCGCAAUUGGGGCCUACAGGGGGGCCAUUUCAUUACUGCAGGCUAUGAUGGAAUGGUGCUAAUGGUCAAUUCAGAACAGAGAAAGUUGGUGUGGAAACAUGCUCUGCAGAAUACUGCACCAACGUGCAUCGAUAUCCACGAUGACGCCGCUACAAUUGCCAUGGGAACAAAAGAUGGCAGUUUGAUCUUGGUCAAAGUGAAAAGCAACCAAUCUAGCCCCGAGGUGAAAGUGAAAGUUGCUCACGCAAAAAUUAACUGCAUCAAAUUCUCAAAAGAUUACAGUUCGCUGGCCCUAGGAAGCCAAGACGGAAACACUUAUAUUUUCCGCUCGAAGGAUUUCCGUGACUUCGAGAAGACUCCCCCACAGGAGUUGGCGAUCCUCAAGGGCGGAGCGGCACAGAUUGACGGGGGUGGCGGCACUGGCAGUGGCAGUGGCAGUACUGCUGGCAUCCAGACACUGGACUGGUCAGUCCAAAAGAGACAGGGCCAGUACAUUAUACGUACAUUGGCGCAAGACUCUACGCUUAAAUACU